ACUAAAAAAAGUAAAAAUCUAAUCCGUAACUGACACUUGGCUAUUUAUCACCUCCGUGCGUAUCAUUCCCUUUCCUCUCCAUUUUUGUCACAUCUAAUCUACGGUCAGCCACUUCUUUCUCUCUUAUCUCCUUCUCUUCCUCCAGAAUUUUGUCUCUUAGAACUUCAUUUUUUUCCUUUUUUUUUCUCCUACUUUUUCAUUUGUUAGUAUUUCGUUUUUCUUUCCUUUACUCUUUGAGAUCAGAACUUACCGGGUGAAAGUUCCGUCGCCGGGGACAAUGAUGGUUGAGUCUCCGGUAAGCUGAAAUUUUUUAGGUUUGAUCGAUCCAUCCAUCUCUCCUUAUUUUUUUGUGUACCCAAAAAAAUGACACAUCCAUUUGUUGUGAUUCACGUUCGAUCCAAAUCCUGGUUUCACAAGAGGAAAAAAAUCCCUCCAUCGUUACUUUUACUUUGCUUUUAAUCUCACCCAGACGGUGACUGUUAACUGUGGCGGUGGUGUUGGGUUUGCCUUUUGGUGAAUUUGUACAAUUUGAAUGUUAAAUUGUUAAGAGUUUGUACAGUUACUUAUGAUAUAUAAAGAAAGAUAUUAGCUUCUUUUUUUUUUUAGUUUUGGGUUUGAUCUUUAAAAGUGGCAAAGAUGAAUAUAAGCUCGGCCGAGGAAGAAUCGGCGCAAGAGAUUCUUAUCCCGGCCGAUAUAGAUUGGGAAAUGCUUGAUAAAUCCAAGUUUUUCUUCUUAGGUGCAGCUCUGUUUUCAGGUGUUUCAGCUACCCUUUACCCUGUAGUUUUGGUUAAAACAAGGCAACAAGUUGCUCAAUCUCAACUUACCGGUAUACGAACCGCCUUUUCCAUUGUUAAACACGAAGGUUACAGGGCCUUAUACCGUGGGUUCGGUACUUCUUUAAUGGGAACAAUCCCAGCUCGAGCUCUUUACAUGGCAGCUCUUGAGGUUACCAAAAGCAAUGUAGGGAGUGCCACGGUUAAGUUUGGUAUACCUGAACCAACCGCUGCUACAAUUGCUAAUGCUGUUGCUGGUUUAAGUGCUGCAAUGGCUGCGCAGCUUGUUUGGACCCCAAUCGAUGUGGUUAGCCAGAGGUUAAUGGUUCAAGGAAGCCACCCAAGUUGUAGUUCACCUUGUAGAUAUGUAAAUGGGAUCGACGCGUUUAGGAGAAUAAUUAACAGGAAUGGUCCAAAGGGAUUGUAUAGAGGUUUUGGGAUAUCGAUUUUAACAUACGCUCCAUCUAAUGCAGUGUGGUGGGCAUCUUAUUCAGUUGCUCAGAGGUUUGUUUGGGGAGGCAUUGGAUGUUACUUUCGGAAAACAGAUGAUGAGAAUAAUGAUAAUAAUACAAUUAGGCCUGAUUCCAAAACGAUUAUGGCAGUUCAAGGAGUCAGUGCUGCUAUGGCUGGAGGAGUAUCAGCUUUGAUCACGAUGCCACUUGAUACAAUUAAGACUAGACUGCAAGUUUUCGAUGGGGAAGAGAAUGGGCGGCGUGGACCAACAAUUGGGCAAACUGUUAGGAAUUUGGUUAAAGAAGGUGGGUGGUUGGCUUGUUAUAGAGGGUUGGGGCCACGUUGGGCGUCUAUGUCAAUGUCUGCAACAACAAUGAUCACUACUUAUGAGUUCCUGAAACGGCUCUCAGCCAAGAAUCAAGAUAGCUUGAUGUAAUGAAGAAGAAUAGAGGAAAAUUUAAAAAGAAACAACGGGAAAAACAGAGCUUUUUUCUUUCUGGGUUCUUUGAUCUUUUGUUUAAAUCAUGCUGUGAAUGUCUCUGCUGAAAUCUCUUUGUUUUUUUGCCUUCUUUUAAGUUAGCCUGCCUUACUGGCUGCCUAAGAAGGUUGGUGAAUGUACUGUGGCUGUAGGUCUAUCUCAAUAUGAAUAUAUAAAUCUCUUUCUUUUCUCCCACUACACUUAAUCUUGGAUUAACAUCUAAUUUAUAAAGGAUUUUAAAAUUUGUGGGUCAUCUUCAUUUGCUUGACUUCUUCCAUUGUAUCUCAAGAUUCCUUUGAUAGAAAAUUCGAGUGACAUCUUCUUAGGGAUGGGAAUGGCCGGGGAAGUGGAUGACCUU